AUGGAUAUGAAUGUGGAGAAUGUGGAACAAUGCGGUGAUUCUCUCACAAUUGAAGAAGUGGCUGAAGUUACGAACGAUGGAAAAUUGUUAUGGGAUGAGUCACUCAUUGAAAAAUUCGUGAAUAUUAUGGUGGAAGAAGUUAAGGCUAAUAAUCGUAGUGGCACAACAUUUAGUAAAAGUGGUUGGAGUAAUUUAGUCAAACAAAUGAAUGUUCAUACGGGGAGAAAAUUUGGUUUAACCCAACUUCGGAAUAAGUUUAAUGGUUUGAGGAAAAUUUAUACUGAGUUUAAGAAAUUAUUAUCGGAGACUGGCGUGGGAUAUAACCAUGAGACGGGCAUGGUUAUAGUUGAGGAAGAGAGAUGGGACAGGUUGUGCAAGGUUGUUACGAAUGCAAAUAAGUAUAAAAAGUAUGGAUGUAAGCAUUUUGACAAGAUGUCGACUAUAUUUGGGGAUACAUAUGCAAGAGGGAUGCAUGCCCACCCAUCCACUACAGCACCACCCACAAUCAUUUUGCCCACUCCCAAUGAUGACGAUGAUGAGGAAGAGGGUUGUGAGGUCAGUCCCCCACCUUUACGUAAAGGUAAGAAAGCCAAAAGAGAUGUUUUAUCUCCUGGUAUAGCUGCACUCUUGUCAAACAUGAAUAAGAAUUCUGAGAGGAGAGCUGAGAGAAUGGAAGCUGCAAUAGAGAAAGCAGCUAAAGCAUAUUCUACUUCUACUCGUGUAUCUUCAUGUGAGAAAUGA